GUACAAGUGAACUGAGCUGCACUUGUCUAGAGCUCUCACUCCGCCUCGGUUGUGUUUGCAGCACGGAUACUUUCACAAUUUCACUGCAAUUUUGUAUUUUUGCCUUUAAUUCUCGCGACCGUUUUGAUUUUCAUUGAUUUGAGAUCAUCUGCCCGUCAGAAAUGGUUGCCCAGGAAGUGAUGAUUUUGCACCAUAAAGAACAAGGUUCCUGCUGCCCAAAUCCAUCCUCUCCACAGUGGGAUCCAACACAGGACCUCCACUGCAUAACUACCACCUUCCAGCAUCUGCAGACCUCAGGUUGGUACUGGGGUACCAUCUCAGCGAGUGAAGCUCGGGAAGCUCUCUUGAUGAAGCCUGAGGGCACAUUUCUUUUGCGGGACAGCAGUCACCCUCAGUACAUGCUGGCUCUGUCAGUCAAGACUCGCUGUGGACCUACUAGUGUGCGUAUAGAAUACAAGAGGGGCUGUUUCUGGCUGGACUCCAUUUCCCCUAACCUGCCCCACCUACAGGCCUUCCCAGAUGUUCUAAGCCUUGUCCAACACUAUGCUGUCUCAGACCAGACCCCACAGGACUUGGCAUCAAUUCAGCUCCCAAAAAAGCCUGAUCCUGCACAGCAUGCAGCUAAAGAAACUGGAGUCCCUCUGAAGCUAGUACGUCCCUUGCACAGACCGGAGGGUUUGCCUUCUUUGCAGCACCUGGCACGCCUCACUAUCAACAAAUACACAAACUGCCCUGACCAGCUACCCCUCCCAAACUCUUUGCUGCGCUUUCUGCAGAACUACCCUUUCUAUAUAUGAGGUGUCUGUCUGUGUCUGUCAGACAAAGGGGGACAAGGAUACAGAAACAUGGUCAGGAUUACUCAUGAUGACCACAUGCUGUGAAUCUGGGCCAAUGUGAGCUGCAGUGCAGCAGACACUCAUCCAGGGGGGAGAAGACUGUAAUGGCUUAAGUACAAUAAACGUCAGCGUGAGGUUGGCACUGAUUGUGAAUGCGCUCCAUGUUGAGCUCCAGCAUGAACGAACGUUGCUUCAUUUUUUUGUGAAGCAACCUUUUAUUAAUUUUAAGUUAAAUUUCUUUUUUAUGCCUGCUUCAGAUAUUGUAAAAUGUGAAACGCCAAUAUAUAAUAUCUUAUUUAUAAACAAUAAAUCAGGGAAAAUAAAGAAAAUGUCUGCUUUGUCAUUUCAGCUGAGACAACAGAGGAAACUGAAUUUUUGGAGGCGUAGGAUCUUUGUUUUUCUAAAGUUCAUUAGAAAAGUUACCUUUGCAAAAUGUGCUGAAAGGCUUUUAUUCACUUUGGAUGAAUGGCAAGUCCAUUUAUAUCAUGCUUUUCUAGCCUUGCUGGCCACUCAAAGCAUUUUUACACAACAAGCCACAUUGAUCCGUCCACACACAGCUCUCACUUGGUCUAUUGCAGCCCCAUAUAUGAAACAUCUAGAUGUAACUGGACUUCAGGGUUCCUGAAUACCUCAUAAAGCACCUCAAGAUAAUGUUAUGAGUGUUGGGCAUUGCAACUUUCUUGCUACUGCAUGGCAUGGGACACUUAUGAGGUUCAAAAAUCAACACAUUCAGCUUUGGAUCAAUCGAGUAACCAGUCUGUCUGCAUGUUUGGGGUGUUAUUGAAAAUAUUUAAAUCCAAUUACAGUAUAACUGAGAAUACAAAUAGUUGGUAUACAUUGAUAAAUAUAAAAAGUUAGACUGAGGUCAGGCUAAUGUGAAAACCAGAGGGGUCUCAGUGGUUUAUUUGUUGGGUUAUUCACUGACAAUAAAACAAAAAGUAUCUAUAUUUUUAAUGAGUAGAAUCCUAAUCUUAAAUCGGACUCCUUUCUUUAAGAAGGAAAACAAAACUUCUUUUAGUUAUCAUCUCAUAUCCAGCAUACAGGGCUCUUCGUCAAAAAGCUACAGCCGAAAAAGGCCCACUGGUUUAAUUCUUAGAAGAGGACCACUCUUGUGUUUGGAUUUCAGAGAAAUUGAACUAUUUUUUCCCUUUUUAAUCACUUGUCACUUACAGAUAAAUGUUAGGCAUUAAUGUUUUCAUGGAAAUGUCUCUGAGUUGGUUUCCACGAGUUGGAACUGAGCAGCACUGAGAAAGCCUCUUAUCAGGAUUAGAGUAAGAGCUGCAGUUAUUAAUACACUGCUGCACCAACUGAGAACUGCACAUCUCUCUCUCUCUCUUUAUCCCUCCCUGCUUUAAUGUACCGGCCUCAAAAUUAUUUCUAAGACUAUAGUUUAAAGAUCAUCAUUAUUAUGUUCUUUCUUGCAGAUUAAUUGUACUGUUAUUCAAAGCUGUAAAUUGCAUUAUUAUAUUUGGAUUAGAUUUUGUUCCGCAUCAGUAAAAAUAUCUCCACAAUGAUGUGAGAGACUGAUGUCAUCAUACAGAAAUGGAUUUCUUCAAUUAUUCCUACUAAUGGUGGUUUCACGAGCUACUCAAUCCUAUGUAUCACUCAGUUUUUCAUAAAUUGCUUUUUGGCUUAGUUUUUGUCAAA